AUGAAUGAUUUGUCGCAAAACUUGCGAAUCAUUUUGAUCCGACUUGAUUCACGAGCAAAUUUACUGAUGCGACUACUACAGCCGCUCCGUCUCGUCUCCGGAUACAACAACAGUCUUCGAUUGAUAGCAUCAACAUCAAAAGAUACAAACUAUGUCGACUUACGCGAGGCCCGCUCCAUCUACACAACUGAGCCAAUCGACCCGAGUGAGAAGAGGUUCGACAAAAUCCUCAUCGCAAAUCGAGGAGAGAUCGCUUGUCGAAUCAUCAAGACCGCUCGUGCUAUGGGGAUCAAAACCGUGGCCGUGCACUCAGACGUUGAUAGCAACUCCCUACAUGUGAAGAUGGCCGACGAAGCGGUUUGUGUUGGAACAGCCCGAACAGCCGACUCCUACCUCAGAAUGGAUCGGAUUGUCGAUGCAGUGCGGCAAACCGGCGCUCAAGCGGUUCAUCCCGGAUAUGGAUUCCUCUCCGAGAACACUCACUUUGCUGCUGAAUUGGAGAAGGACGGUGUCGUUUUUAUUGGACCAAAUUCAAAAGCAAUCCUCGACCUCGGCGACAAAAUUCACUCAAAGAAGAUCGCGGCUAAGGCUGGGGUUAACAUGAUUCCCGGAUUUGAUGGAGAAAUCACCGAUGAAGAUCAUUGUGUCAAAGUUUCGAACGAUAUUGGAUACCCCGUGAUGAUCAAGGCGUCGGCCGGUGGUGGUGGCAAAGGAAUGCGUGUUGCUUGGAACGAUAAGGAGGCUCGCGAAGGAUAUCGUCUGUCAAAACAAGAAGCUGCUUCUUCGUUUGCAGAUGAUCGAAUGCUCGUCGAAAAGUUUAUUGACAAUCCCAGGCAUAUCGAAGUUCAAGUUUUAUGCGACAAACACGGAAAUGGACUUUAUUUGAACGAAAGAGAAUGCUCGAUCCAAAGAAGGAAUCAAAAGGUCAUUGAAGAGGCGCCUUCUUCAUUUGUUCCACCGGAGAUGCGACGAAAAAUGGGAGAACAAACUGUUCAAUUGGCUAACGCCGUUGGAUAUGAUAGUGCCGGAACAGUGGAAUGGCUCGUCGAUUCAAAGCGCAACUUCUAUUUCCUUGAGAUGAAUACCCGUUUGCAGGUGGAGCACCCAAUCACUGAGUGCAUCACCGGAAUCGAUCUUGUUCAACAAAUGAUUCGAGUCGCUUAUGGACACAAGCUAAAGAUUUCGCAGGAUCAGGUUCCGAUCAAUGGUUGGGCAUUCGAAAGUCGAGUCUACGCCGAGGAUCCGUACAAAGGAUUUGGUCUACCAUCAGUUGGUCGCCUGCAUCGCUACGUCGAGCCAUAUGGUGAAGGUGUUAGAUGUGAUUCAGGAAUCCGUGAGGGCUCAGAAAUUUCAAUUUACUACGACCCACUGAUUUGCAAGCUAGUCACACAUGGAAAGAAUCGCAAAGAGGCCUUGGAUCGUAUGCGAGACGCACUUGACACUUAUGUGAUCCGUGGCGUAACGAACAACAUUUCUUUGCUUCGAGACAUUGUUGAGGAAAAACGCUUUCGAGAAGGUGACAUCUCGACAAAGUACCUUCCUCAAACGUACCCAGAUGGAUUCCAGGGUGCACAACUCAAUGAACAAGAAAAAGAUCUAGUGAUUGCCAUUGCUUCAGCCCUCCACACCCGUAAAAUCGCCAGAGCCAAGCAAUUCACUAAUCAGACGCGCCAACGUUCCACUCACGUCGACCCAUAUUCGUCCAAAUACAAAUACGUGGUCGAGUGGCCUACUCAUGAGGGAGCACCAAAGAAGAUGCAUCAAGUGGAGAUCUACUUUGAUCAAGGAGACGAAUCUAAAGUCAAGGUGAAAGUUGAUGGUCGUGCCGUGAAAGUUGGUGGCAAGAUGAAUCUCGCGCAAUCGUCACUUACUCUGGACGUGAAUGGAGAACAAAUCACUACGCAAAUCGUUUCGAAAAGGGCCGGUGAGAUUACAAUUCUCUUCAAGGGAACGCCAUUUAAGAUAAAAGUAAUGCCCGAGCAAGCAUCAGACUACUUGAAGCACAUGAAGGAAAGGCCGAAACUUGACUUGUCGACUGUGGUGAUGUCACCUAUGCCUGGUGCCAUUAAGAAUGUUUCUGUAAAAGUCGGUGAUAUGGUUAGCGAAGGCCAAGAGUUGAUCGUCAUGGAGGCUAUGAAGAUGCAAAAUUCUCUUCACGCUGGGAAAACUGGCAAGGUGAAAGCAGUUAAUGUGAAAGUCGGUGACACGGUGGAUGAGGCUGUGGUACUCGUCGAAUUAGAA